AAGGGCUGGUGGAAAAGAAGCUAUGUCCGGGCUUAAUAUCUGCAUAUGGCAACCCGCCAAGUAAAUGAACCGAAUCAGAAAUUUGGGAUUUACACCUCCCUUCCCCAGACUGUGUGUAACAAUUUGUCAUUCAUUGGUUGGCUCAUAAUCAGUGCUGCCAAGUGAUAUGAAAAGUACUGGGAAGAGGGAAUACAAGAAGUGAGCUGCAGCCACAGAAGUUUGUGUGAUAAAAGGCUCUGCUAGCACGCCAGGAUUCAGGAAUUCCCAAAAGAAAGUUUCUGUUCAGAAAAACAGUGUGGGAGUACAGUGCACUCAGCUUUGUUGUAAACUGUCUCCACCUGCAACUAAAAAGGAAGAUGGGGACAUAAUUCACCUGACACACUUGAAGCAGCUGUCAUUUGGCUAGCUGACAGAGAGACAAGACAAUAGGAAUGCAUCAUUCUGUGACAUCACAGCAAACUCAACUGGAGUAUGAAGAGACCCUCAACUGUUUGAUCUUCCUUGAGUGAAGUUCAAUAGAAAAUGCUACAGCAGUUUUGUCUCUGGGAAUGGUUGGCUGUAGGAAUUGUGAUUGCUUCUGUCUUCACCAAUUGUUUGGCUCAGAAUGAUGAUGACUGCAAGUUGGCCAGGGCAGGUCCUCCAGCCACAAUAGUUCCUAUUGAUGAAGAAAGCCGAAAUGGCACUAUCCUAGUGGACAGUAUGCUGAUAAAAGGGACAGCAGGAGGGACUGAUCCCACUAUUGAACUAUCAUUGAAGGACAACAUUGAUUACUGGGUGAUUCUGGAUCCCAUCAGCCAGAGGCUGUACCUAAACAGUACUGGACGACUUCUGGACAGAGAUCCACCAAUGUCGAUUCAAUCCAUUGUGGUUCAAGUCCAGUGCAUUAACAAAAAGGUUGGCACUGUUAUCUACCAUGAAGUACGGAUUGUGGUGAGAGACAGGAAUGAUAACUCCCCUCGUUUUCAGAAGCAGCGGUACUAUGUGGCAGUAAAUGAGUUAACACCAGUUGGAACGACCAUCUUUACAGGAUUCUCUGGGAACAAUGGUGCCUUGGACAUAGAUGAUGGUCCCAAUGGCCAGAUAGAAUAUGUCAUCCAGUACAAUCCUAAUGACCCAACAUCCAAUAGGACCUUUGACAUUCCUCUCACUUUGUCUGGAGCAGUAGUUUUAUGGGAGAGACUAAAUUAUGAAGAAAAGACACGUUAUUUUGUUGUUGUUCAAGCAAAUGACCGGGCUCAAAAUCUUAAUGAACGAAGAACAAGUACAACCACCCUCACAGUUGAUGUGCUUGAUGGGGAUGAUCUUGGACCAAUGUUUCUCCCGUGUGUCUUAGUGAAUAACACUCGUGACUGUAGGCCACUCACCUACCAAGCCAGCUUACCAGAGUUCACUGAUCCUACACGAGUGAACCCCAUCAAUGUCACUCCACCAAUAGAAGCUAUAGAUCAGGACAAAAACAUCCAGCCUCCUUCUGAUCGACCACACAUCCUCUAUUCCAUCCUACUUGGGACUCCUGAGGAUUAUCCACAAUACUUCUGUAUGAAUCUUACAACAGCUGUACUCAGUCUCCUAAAGCCAGUAAACAGGGAUUUACACCAGAAAUUUGAUUUGGUUAUUAAGGCAGAACAAGACAAUGGUCAUCCACUUCCUGCCUUUGCCAAUUUACAUAUCGAAGUCCUGGAUGAGAACAAUCAGAAGCCUUACUUCACAGAAUCUCUGUAUGAGGGGUUUAUUCUGGAGUCCUCCCCAGUGGGCACAACCAUCUCUGACAACCAGAAUUUGACUUCUCCACUACAAAUCAUAGCUUUGGACAAUGAUGUAGAAGAGACAAAGGAUCCACAGCUCCAUCUUUUCCUAAAUGAUUAUAAUACAUUUUUCACUGUGACUCAGACUGGUAUAACCCGGUACCUCACCUUACUCCAACCAGUUGAUAGAGAGCUCCAGCAGCUAUACACCUUCUCGAUGACAGCUUCUGAUGGUGUACAGGAGAGUAUGGCAGUUAUGGUCAAUAUCCUGGUGGUUGAUGCAAAUGAUAACUCACCAACCUUCUCCAACAUAUCAUACAAUGUCAAGAUUUAUACAGACAUGAGGCCUGGGGAAAGCGUUAUAAAGCUCAAUGCCAUAGAUGCAGACCAAGGGCCAAAUGGGCAGAUCAUGUACGAAAUUCUGGCUGGGGACCAGGGAGACUUCAUCAUUACUGACCGAAUGGGCCUUAUCACCAUCGCUCCAGGAGUUGUAUUGUCAGUAGGGAGGUCCUAUGCACUCACUGUCAAAGCAUCUGACAAUGCUCCUCCUGCGCAGAGAAGGAGCUCCAUCACUACUGUUUACAUUGAGGUACUUCCUCCAAACAAUCAGAGCCCUCCUCGCUUUCCCCAGCUGAUGUACAGUCUUGAAAUCAGUGAGGCCAUGAGAAUUGGUGCCGUGUUGUUAAACCUGCAGGCCACUGAUCGAGAGGGUGACCCAAUAAGAUACCUCAUCCAAAAUGGAGAUCCUCAACAUGUUUUUAAUCUCUCUGAAACUUCUGGACUUCUUGCCUUAGGAAAGCCCUUGGACAGAGAAAGCACUGAUCGCUACAUUUUGAUUGUCACAGGCUCGGAUGGCAGACCAGAUGGGACCUCAACUGCCACUGUUAAUGUGGUGGUGACCGAUGUAAAUGACAAUGGACCAGUCUUUGAUCCCUUUCUACCUAAAAAUCUAUCUGUACAAGAAGAGGAAGUGAAUGCUUUUGUCGGGCAAGUGAGGGCUACAGACCCAGAUGCUGCAGUAAAUGGCCAAGUACAUUACAGCUUGGUAAACUUCAACAAUAUUUUCCGCAUCACAUCAAAUGGUAGCAUUUACACAGCAGUUAAACUGAACAGAGAAACAAGGGACUAUUAUGAACUUACUGUUGAAGCAACAGAUGGAGCUGUGGACCCCCGCCGUUCAACAUUAACUCUGGCAAUCAAAGUUCUGGAUAUUGAUGACAACAGCCCUAUGUUCACUAAUGCCUCCUACACUGUCUGUGUUCCAGAAAACCUACCACCUGGCACAGUCUUCCUGCGAAUAGAGGCAAAGGAUAUUGACCUUGGUUCAAAUGUUACCUAUCGGAUACGAACCCAGGAAGCACUGCCAUUUUUUUCAUUGAACAAGUUCACAGGAGAAUUAUCACUUUUAAAAUCCUUGGAUUAUGAGUCAUUCUCUGGAACAGAGGCAACCUUUACCUUUCUAGUGGAAGCCAUUGAUAGUGGAGGAACUAUGCCUCCAGGACUUGCCACUGUCACUGUGAGAGUAAAGGAUAUGAAUGAUUACUCCCCAGUAUUUAGCAAUGCUCUCUACAGGGGAAUGGUUGCUCCUGAUGCAAUCAAGGGCACUGUUAUCACUACAGUUUCAGCUGAAGAUCAGGAUCCUCCGGGUACACCAGCAAGUCGUGUAAGGUACAAAGUAGACGUCAUCCAGUUCCCUUACAGUGCUAGCAUUUUUGAUGUAGAGGAAAAUUCAGGACGUGUAGUAACCCGAGUAAAUCUCAAUGAAGAGCCCAGUAUGAUAUUUAAGCUAGUGGUCAUUGCAUAUGAUGAUGGUGAUCCUGUGAAGUUCAAUACCACCACUGUAGAAAUUGCUGUAUUGCAACCCUCUGUAAUUCCACGGUUUACCCAGGAUGAAUACAGACCCCCGCCAGUGAGUGAAGGUGCACCCAAAGGAACUCUGAUUGCUGCUGUUACUGCUGCUGCCUUGAAUCAGACUAUUGUGUAUUCAAUUGUUUCAGGAGAUGAAGAUGAUGUGUUUGACAUUAAUAACAGAACAGGUGUUAUCUUCAUUAAAAAACCUCUUGACUAUGAAAGUGUGAAAAGCUAUGAACUUCAGGUAGAAGCAGACUCCCUACAAGUAGUUCGAUCCAAUCUACGUGUCCCUUCCAGAAGUAACACAGCCAAGGUGUUUAUUGAAGUGCGGGAUGAAAAUGACCAUGCUCCUAUCUUUACCAAAAAACUCUACAUUGGAGGAGUGUCUGAAGAUGCUAAAAUGUUUUCUUCUGUGAUGAAAGUUAAGGCUGAUGAUAAAGACACUGGAAAUUACAGUGCUAUGCAGUACAGACUCAUCAUACCCCCAAUCAAGGAUGGCAAAGAAGGUUUUGUAAUCGAACCCUAUGAAGGGCUUAUAAAAACUGCCAUGCUGUUCAAAAAUAUGAGAAGGUCCUAUUUCAAGUUUCAGGUCAUUGCAACUGACAAUUAUGGGAAAGGACUGAGCAGCAAAUCAGAAGUACUUGUCUCUGUGGUCAAUCAGUUGGAUAUGCAAGUCAUCGUUUCUAAUGUUCCUCCCACUGUUGUGGAACAAAACAAAGAUCAACUUAUAGGGAUUUUGGAACGCUAUGUUCAAGAUCAGAUUCCUGGUGCAACGGUUGUGGUAGAAUCCAUUGGUGCCCGCAGAUUUGGAGAUGGCUUUUCAGAAGAGGAUUACUCCAAAUCUGACUUAAUAGUCUAUGCAAUUGACCCUCAAACAAACCGAGCUAUAAUGAGGAAUGAACUUUUUAAGUUCUUGGAUGGAAAACUUCUGGAUAUCAAUAAAGAAUUUCAGCCAUACCUUGGACAAGGAGGACGUAUUCUGGAAAUCCGCACCCCAGACGUGGUGGCCAAUGUUAAGAAGCAGGCACAAGCUGUAGGCUACACAGAAGGGGCAUUGCUUGCUUUGGCUGUCAUAAUCAUCCUUUGCUGCAUGCCUGCUAUUUUAAUCGUUAUGGUCAGCUACAGACAAUUUAAAGAGCGGCAAGCUGAAUGUGCAAAGACAGCAAGAAUCCAGAUGGCCUUACCAGCCGGCAAACCAUCAAGUAGCGCUGCUAAUAAUCUCUAUGAAGAACUCGGUGACAGCACCAUGCGAGGAUAUGCACAGCAAGAGCAACAGCAAUUGCUGAGACCCUCUCUUCUCAGACCAGAGGAGUUGUCUAUGGAAUCUGGAAUUGAUCCAGGCCAAGAAUACUAUGGGCAAGAUUACUACAGUUAUGAACAUGGGUAUGAAUUGCCUCAAUAUGGGAGUCGUCGCCGAUUGUUAUCUCCAACUGGAAUGUAUGAUGAGUAUGGUGAAGUGGUUGUGGAAAAUGAUGGCAGCUAUUAUUACAGCCCACAUGGAUCAACAGCUGAAGGAGAAGGGAUGAGUCAAGGCAAAGGUCCUACAGGCAGAGCUAUAAGCCAGAGAGCAGGGCAUCAAAUAGAAGGUAGUGCUUUAGGUGGUGGGAUGUAUCUAAGAGAUGGUUCUGGAAGAGAACAUAGGACCAGCCAGGGGAAAAGGAAACUAAAAGCAGUGAUGCAGUUGAGUCGAAUAGCUGUAAAAGCCCACAAACAAGAAGGAACAACUGAGUCUGCUCAUUCUCCAUGGAAGAAAGCAAAGAUAUUUCCAAUGAUACUGCAGAAAGUAAAAGGCAGUAGCAAAGAUUCCAAUUAUGCAAAGCUGAUGUCAGCUCGCCUAGUGGACAGUGAAGACAGCAUGAUUAUCAAAGGAAAUUAUUUCCAGAAAUUAGAUGACAAGCCUUCAACAACCAGAAAACUAAGUCAUGUACUAAAACACAUUAGUGUUUCCAAAAAAUUUCAAAAGCAUUGCAAAUCUCGGAGCUCUGAUAGCAAAAGUUCAGUAUCUGCAAGUGAAAAAGGAGGGGAAGAUUCUGAAAGUCAAGGCGUGAGUGAAUCUGAAAGAGAUGAAACAAAAUCAGGAAUUUCAAUUAAUAUCACAGCAGAAAGUGAGCUAGAGGAUAGUGAAGUUUCUGAUGACUAUGAUAAGAAGAAAAAAAGAAAAUCUGCUGCUUCAGAUGAUGAUGAAUCAUCAGCAAGGAGUAGUAUCUCUGCCUCUCAGGGAGAUGAUAAAGACUAUUUGAAAGUGACACUGGACCAAGAUGAAACCAAUGAAAGUACUGUGGACUCUGAUGAAGAAAAGGAGGAAGAUUUACAGGAUUCAGAUGAUCAUUCUGUAUCCAAAUCAGAUAAUGAACAGGAUGAAUCAGAAGAUGACAUAUCUGAGCACUCUGAAGAGGAAGAAGAUGAGAAAGAGUCAAAAAGUGUCCUUUCUCAAGUCUCUGGUUCUCAGAAUAAACUCUCUGACAGUGAUGAAGAUGACUUCCAGUCAAAGGUAUCCUCAAAUCAGAGUUCCUAUAGCAGAUCUGAGUAUAGUGAUUCCAACAGCAGAAGAGUUAGUGAAAGAACUAUUAUGUCAAGUAAGGGAAGUAAAUCUAGUGGAGGAACAAGGGAUUCCAGUCACAAGUCAGAAGUGAUUAAUUCUGACAGUGAAAUUAGCUCUACGGGAUCAGUCAGCGAAAGAAACAAGAGUUCUGGAUCCAGCUACAAGAGCAAAAUGUCCACAGUUGGCAGCGAAAUAGAAAACACAAUAGAAGAGCUAUCAGAGGAAGAUGAAAAAUCAGAUUUGGAGCAAGAUGAUACAAGCCCUGAUGAGGCAGGUGACAAUAUAAGUGAUAGGACUAUGUCUGAAACGUCUUCCAUCAGCCAAAAAACUACUUCCAGUAAACAGAGCAAGAUAAGAAAAUCAGAUAUUAGUGUUGGAGGUAGCAUGGCUGAAAGCACAGAAGAGAUUGAUAUAGAUGCUAAGGAUAGGGAAGAAACUUUCAGUAGGAGUGAAUCAAAAAGCCUUGAAAGUGAAAAUAGUGUUACUUCCGAAGGCAGUAGAGGGACAAAGAGCUCAGUGAGUGCCACUUUUUCUAGUAAAAUGGAUGCUUCCCAAGAUUCAGAUCUUCAAAGUUCUGAUUCCAAGUGGGCCAGAAAGAAAAGGAUCAAGUUAGUAGUUGAUCCAGAAUAUGAGACCAGCUCAACUGGAGAAGACAGUGCUCCAGAAUCUCAGAGGAAUCGUCUUAAUAACCCCAAUAUUCAAAACAAUGUAAAUGGCAACAUCUAUAUUGCGCAGAAUGGGUCAGUUGUGAGAACCCGUCGCAUUUGUCUCUCCAAUAAUUUAAAAGUCACAUCCCCUGUUAGACUGGGGAAACACUUCAAGAAAUUGGACAAGUUAGCAGUGACGCAUGAGGAGAAUGUCCCAUUGAACACAUUGUCAAAGGUACCAUCUUCUAGUGACAAACUGAACACAAGACCAUCUAGUGUCUCGUUUACCUCCACUGCUAGAGGGGCUGACAAUAUAGCAACGAAGUGUGGGGGCAACAAAAUGAAAAGCACAGAAGAGCAAGAAUCUGUUGUUGAUAAUGAGGAUGUCAGAGAGCCCAUGGAACCACACAGCGAUUUCACACACUCAGAUGAAGAGGAGCUCUGGAUGGGCCCUUGGAAUAACCUUCACAUACCAAUGACAAAACUGUGACCUUUUUUAAUUUUAAUUUUUACUUCAGUUUAUAAUAAACUACGCUUUUUAAUGUCACUGAGGAAAAUGUAUGAAAUUUGUAUUGUGCACAUAAAUUGUAUACUUUGAAUGACAUGCUUUAAAGUUAAGAGAUACUUUGCACUCACAUUUGUCUCAAUUAAUUGUUCUUCCCAACAACACUUUUGGCAGGC